AUGAAGGUUCAUCCGAUGCCUAGGAUGCGCGGCAACCUCACACUGCGCUACGACGUCGCUUCGGCCCUGGCUCAGGCAAGUGGCUGCCGGCAGAAGAAGCUGCGGCGACUGCCCCACAUCUUCGCGAAGGUGCUGGAGCUCCCCUUCCGCUCCGACGCCGACGUCUCGAUCGACGAGACCCCGGGCUCCCUCAGGUUCACCGCCGCCACCGACGACAUCGGCGGCGGGGUCUGGGCCGACGCGAUCGAGAUCCACCCGGGGGUCACGAAGAUCGUCGUGAGGGGGGGCGGCGUCGCCGACCUUUCGGGGACUGAGCUCGAGCUGGACCUCUGGCGGUUCCGGCUGCCGGCCUCGACGCGGCCGGAGCUCGCCUCCGCAGCGUACGACGACGGCGAGCUGGUGGUGACGGUGCCUAAAGGGGCGGCGACCACGGAGGAGGAUGAGGAGGACGACGGAGGUACCGACGAGGAUGGGCCUAGGCUUGUUAUUGUACAGUAA